AUGGCGGACGAGUUAGGCGGGGAUUUGUUUUUGGACGAAGAAGACGUCAUUUCUACUGAACCAAGCUUAGAUAUUCCAGCAAAUUUUGACUGGAUUUUUUUGAAAAACGGUCAAACUUUAUUUCUUCAAGUUCUGAAGACUGUUGGUGUUCCAGAGAGUGAGACAAUCGAGUCAAAUGCCGCCAGGAUAAUGUCAUCGAAAUGCGAAGAAAAUAUUAAAGUUGGAACUGACUUUUUGAAGCAGAUGUCAACAAGUUUUUUGGUGUGUUAUCAAAACGUUGAACAAAUAAAAUGCGCGAAUCAAAAGAUGAUGAAGCUGGAGAAAAGUUUUUUGGACCUUUUUGAUAAUCCAGUUUUAAAUUUAAAGUGGUCUUGCUUAGUACGUACGUGUGGUUUGCAAACAUCUGAUGGGACAAAUAUUCUUUUAAACCACGUUCUACAACACUUUUGGAGUUCGUUAGUUUUACAUGGAUCGCAUGAACUGAGUGAACAAGGUGAAAAUUCCAAUUCUGUCCCUAUAAAUGCCAGCUCCACUGAACCUGAAGAUAUUGAGGUUCAGUCGGUGAGAGAGCAUGCUGGUUGGGUUUUUAAGCCAACCUCGUACCCAGGGCUUCUGCGCUUAUUGCUCUCAGAAGCCCUGGGAUAAUCCAAACCGGAACACCAUAGAACAGUGGUGCCCCCGGAAGCGGAAGUAAACAGUAGCUCCAGCUAAAAACGCUGACUGGGCAUAUUUUUACGCAAGGAGUGAGAGUGGAUUAUUUGUUGCAAUUUAUGACAUAUUUGGACUUGUAAAGACGUCUUAAACUGCUUAUCGCGUGGCUUUUGGAAUUUAAAGUCAGGAAUGAUCAAUUUAGAGAUACAAUUAUGCGUAAAAUAAGCCCUUUGGCGAGCAAAAGAACAUCUUAUAUCGCGACAACAGCAUACCUUGUCAGCGAUAUACAGGGGCUAUUCAAUAAUUAAAGUAUAAAUAUUUAUAUUCGAGUACAACGUACAACCUUGGUCAUUUCAAAAUCAACAGACUAGAAAUCUUACUGGUAACAUGGCUGGCUGCCGAUUAUCUUGGAUUUGAGGGUUUUGAACAAGAUAUUGCAAGAUUUAAUUAUAGAUACACAAGAUAUACUGUACUAUAAACAUGCAUCUACUUGAAGAAUGUAAAAUGAACAGUGAUGAGUGAUCUAAUAUAAUUCUGUACUUAUUUGGAAAACCUUUUUGGCAAAUCUUGAGAAUAAUGGCUUUGGGAAUCAAUGUUGAAAAUUGAAAACUGUCAAAUAGCUGCAUGGACAGCAUGGUUAGAAGCAUACAUGUCAUCGGAUGAAACUCCAACUUUUGUUAAUUGCUGAUGUUCUAGUAUUGGAAUGAACAGUGUUAUAAGAACCAAUGGUGCUGAACUAAUUUGGGUUUAUUAUAAAAUAUUGUUUAUCAUUUAGUUCUGGCCAUUAACCUUACCUAUUAAGUUAUACAUUGUGUCUUACUUUUUAUUUUACUCUGGUGUGCACCCCCCCCCAGGCUCUGGUCAACAGGGGUGCAUGGGGGGGGGGGGUGCAAAAAUGAUGUUUAUCCUAAUUCUAACCAACUUAUGUUAAGGAAUUCAGUUGGGUAUCACUAGUUGACAAUAGUGGAAUAGCCAAUAUUAAAUAUUCCAAAUUUUUAAAUGUUUUGAGAAUCUAAAAAUUUUCCAGAAUGUUUUCUCAGAAUGCUGGAAAUGCCAUUUCAGAGACCCAAAUUUUAAAAAUUUUCGUGGUAGUAUGCCCCCAGACCACACUAGAAAUCUUGCACCUUCAGCGCUCGUUUCGCCAUUGGUUAGCACCCCCCAAAAAAACUUUGCUGGAUCCACCACUGCACCAGAUGAUUUUAUAUGUUGGGAUAGAUCAUUGGUGUUCAAUGGAUUAUCUCAUAAUACACACUAGUUUGUUAAUUAACCUACUCUGUCUAAUCAUGCUAACACCAUCAUUGGCAAUGGAAUUGAGCAGUGAUGUAGCCAGAAUUUCUAAUUAAGGCCUUCAAGGGGGACUGAAAUCCCCAGGAGGGGCCUGCACUAGUUUGAAUAAAGUUUGUUAGCAUGUAAAAAUACAUUUGGACUCCCAAGCUAUCCAUUUAUAAUAUAGUACAAUGUAGACUUUUUAAAUUCUAGUUAAUAAAGUGCCAUUUUGGGGGGCUAUUUUAAUGUGUUUUGGUGAUUUGAAAUAACCUUGCAGUUAACACAUGUUCAACUCUAAUUAAUUAAAAACAAGUUCAGAACAUUUAAAAUAUUUUGACCCCCCUCUGGUUACACCACUGGAAUUGACUUGAGCCUUUUAGACCUCUGAAUCAGUUAGUUGCAACUUAGAACAGUGUUCUGACAUACAAGAAAAUUGUAAGAAAAUUUAAAAUUUGUGCAAAAGCAUUUCUCAAAUAGGUCGUUCCAGAAAAUAUCCACACUCUCCCCACAGAGGAAAUUUCUGCCGUUCAGAUGGGGGGGGGGAUUGUUUCUGAUAAUAGUAAAUGUAUUAGGACAUCCAACAGGGUAGGAGGGAUUAACUUUCAAUUUCCUCUGUGGGAGUGGUAUGGGUGUUUUCUGGAAUGACCCAAUAUAACUGUUUUUUUUUCAAAUCUAAUCAAACUGUCAAAUUGUCAAUCCUUGUACAUGGGGAGGGGAAAUUUUGGAGAAAGAAAAAUUGUGACCAAUCAGGUUGGGGGUCCACCUGUAGGCCUGGUCAUUAGGCACACAGGGCUGGGCUCAAUUGUUGGGCAGACUAGGCCAGUCGGGCAAUAUUUACUUCACAGUUGGGCAAUAUUGGCUUAUUAUAAAAAUAAAUAGGAGAAAUUAUUCCCUCGAUAUUGGGGGAAAUAUGCUAUAUAAUGGUCGAAAAUUUAGUUCAUUUUGAUUAAUAGUCAUUUAAUAUAUGUGCUAUCAACAGUUUCUUUAUGGUAUUAAGUAACAGAUUACAAUCAAUACAAUGUUUGUACAUUAGAGAUUUAGAGGCACUAAUAACUCAAUAAAUAGGCACUAAUACAAACUCCGAGCCAGUGCACCCAGCAUCCUCAAAUUGGGAAUAAUUUGUAAAUUUAAAUAUUUGUGUAUAAUUCAUAAUUUAUCCUAUUCCAAUACAAAAUGCAACAAUAUAGAACACACAAUUCAUCAAAUAAAGGUAAAAAGGUAUUAAAAACUUUAUUAUGUAAUAUUUACAAUGAAUAUCGUGGUUGAAGUUGUAGAUUUAUACUUGAAAUUUCAAUUUUCGAACGAGAAAUGUUUCGCUUUAUUAUGUUAAUUUUUUACUCUGUUCGCCAUUCUUGCUUAUUUACAAAUACAAAUAGUCCAUUUCUUCUUUUGCUCUUUUCAAAAUAGCCCAGAAUUUGAUUUAAAAAAGUAUUUUCAUGCAAAAACCAGCAUUUAACUUUUGUAUACACUCCUUGAGAUAGCAGACAUGUUGCCAAAAUAUCACCCGGUUAAUGAAUAACUUCCGCAGUGCUUCCAUUUUCAAAAUAAAAAUUUCCCAUUUUUUACAUCAAAAUUUCUCUAAAUUCCUCAGAUUGUAUACAUAAUUUCCUUGAAAUUUCCUUGAAAUUUCAUUAAGCAGUUUGCAGUGAUUUUGUACCAAUACAAAGGAUAUAGUUAAUUUUAAGGGCACAAAAUAGCACAUUUAAGUGAUUCAACACAUAUGUGGGCUAGGUAAAAACACAGUCUAUUAUACUGUUUAAUAUUUGUUAUGAUUUUACAACAUAUACGAUUCCCCUGAUAUAAUUAACUAUUCACAGUGUUUGGCGCCAAAAGUUACUAAAUCCCAUCGCUCAAAAACUUUCGGAAGUUUUCGGAAACACGAAGAAAAACUUAUAAACAGAUUUUUAUUUUUUUUUUUUUUCUGUGUUGGUGUAGUGUACUCAGGUGAAUAUGAUAUUUGUGGUGUUACUCUGAGUGUAUAUCCACACCGGGCGAGCUUGAAAAAUAUGCCCGGCCACGGUGGGAUUCGAACCUACGACCUUUGGAAUACUAGCCCAAUGCUCUUCCAACUGAGCUACGCGGUCAGGACGGUUCGAGUAAGUGGUAUUUCGGAACAGAAUCUAGUUCCUUCGAUACCAAUGUAUUCUAGUAAUAUGAUUUUUUUUUCUGUGUUGGUGUAGUGUACUCAGGUGAAUAUGAUAUUUGUGGUGUUACUCUGAGUGUAUAUCCACACCGGACGAGCUUGAAAAAUAUGCCCGGCCACGGUGGGAUUCGAACCUACGACCUUUGGAAUACUAGCCCAAUGCUCUUCCAACUGAGCUACGCGGUCAGGACGGUUCGAGUAAGUGAUAUUUCGGAACAGAAUCUAGUUCCUUCGAUACCAUUGUAUUCUAGUUGUGGAUAUACACUCAGAGUAACACCACAAAUAUCAUAUUCACCUGAGUACACUACACCAACACAGAAAAAAAAAAAUCAUAUUACUAGAAUACAAUGGUAUCGAAGGAACUAGAUUCUGUUCCGAAAUAUCACUUACUCGAACCGUCCUGACCGCGUAGCUCAGUUGGAAGAGCAUUGGGCUAGUAUUCCAAAGGUCGUAGGUUCGAAUCCCACCGUGACCGGGCAUAUUUCUCAAGCUCGCCCGGUGUGGAUAUGCACUCAGAGUAACAUCACAAACAUAUUAUUCACCUGAGUACACAACACCAGCACAGAAAAAAUUCAUAUUACAAGAACACAUUGGUAUUGAAGGAACUAGAUACUGUUCCGAAAUAUCACUUACUCGAACCGUCCUGACCGCGUAGCUCAGUUGGAAGAGCAUUGGGCUGGUAUUCCAAAGGUUGUAGGUUCGAAUCCCACCGUGGCCGGGCAUAUUUUUCAAGCUCGCCCGGUGUGGAUAUACACUCAGAGUAACACCACAAAUAUCAUAUUCACCUGAGUACACUACACCAACACAGAAAAAAAAUCAUAUUACUAGAAUACAAUGGUAUCGAAGGAACUAGAUUCUGUUCCGAAAUAUCACUUACUCGAACCGUCCUGACCGCGUAGCUCAGUUGGAAGAGCAUAUUGGGCUAGUAUUCCAAAGGUCGUAGGUUCGAAUCCCACCGUGGCCGGGCAUAUUUUUCAAGCUCGCCCGGUGUGGAUAUACACUCAGAGUAACACCACAAAUAACAGAUUUUUAAUUAACAUAAUUGAUAAAUAAUGCAGAGUAAAUAAUGAAAAUUCACUCAAAAAUGUAAAAAAAUAGUGAAACCUUCUUCUGCACCAAUGCAGUGGGAUGAAUAUUUAAGUUUUUCGGAAAAAAUCCUUAGAUUUCCUUAGAUUUUUUCUCUUCCUUAGAUUUUCCUUUUGGACCAUAGAAUUUCCUUAGAAAAGGAAAUUUCCUUGAAAAUGGAAGCACUGAACUUCCGGUACUUUCAUUGUAUUCGCAUUGACCAAUCAAAUCACGUUCUGAGUUGGAUUAUCCCAGGGCUUGUGAGAGCAAUAAGCGCAGAAGCCCUGGGUACGAGGUUGUUUUUAAGCGGGUCAGAGAAGAGUUCAAUGGUGGACCUCAAAUGUACAAAAUUCCGGUAUCAAAAACCGAUAAUACUGAUGUAGAAGUGGAUAAGUACUAUUUACUUUCAUUAAUUGAACGUUUGGGGUAUGAUGUUUUGAGUCGACCUGGCAAAUUUUUGUUUAAUGCAAUACCUGAAGUUGAAGUUUUUCUGUACCUUCAUAAUACUGUUGAAAAUAUUGUCAAGAAUCAGCUAGAAACACAUGUUGACAAAGAAAUUUUGAAGAAUUGUUUAAAAGUAUUGAAUGAAGAUAUUCAACUACGUUGUCGAGAAUUGACAGUACUUUGA